AUGGGUUUCCAUAAAGAAAGAGGCUUGUGUGUUCUCUGGAACCCAUCCAUUCAAAAAGCCAUAUCCCUUCCCAAGCCUAAUAUUGGAUUUGACCGUUCGUUACACCAAUCUGUUGGGUUUGGGUAUGAACCCACGACCGAUGAUUACAAAUUCGUGAGGCUUGUGUAUCUCCGAGACACUGAGUUUAGUAGUCUCUUAACUGUUCCACCUCUCGUUGAGAUUUAUACGCUUCGAACCGGCAUAUGGCGCUCUGUUACGGCACCCGGUCCUCCCGACGUCAUAAGGUAUUGGUCCCCAUCGGUUAUCGUGAAUGAGACACUCCACUGGUCUGCCCACACUCCAGACCAUCCACGGAAACAGAGCGCCUAUCGCAAUGUGAUCGUGUCGUUUAAUAUGAAGGAUGAGGCCUUCGGUGAAGUGGAGUAUGGGGUAGAGGAAUCUUGGACUAAGCUGUUUGAUGUUCGCUUUGGGCUAUAUAGCAGGGUGAUGGGCUUUACAAAGAUUGGUGAAGUUCUAGUGCACAAGUGUGACAGGUUGUUUUCUGGCGGACGUAGCCGAGGAUAUUUGGAGGAUCCUCCCAUUUGUGACCUAGAGAAUAUGUAUUUAGAUACUUAUGUGGAGAGCCUUGUUCUACUGAAUGUAGCUGACCGAGUGCUGGGGAGACAGGGGAAUUCGUCUGGUGGUAGUAAGCUCAGAAAGGAACGCAGGCAAAGGUUGCCCAUUGUUAAAAUUUCCUGUCUUUCACAUAGGUCAGGAAAUUAUGCACUAUGCUUAGAAAACAUGCCUUUCAAUAGAUUGAAGUCUGUAUGGAAAAUUUGUUGA